AUAAUAUUAGACCUUACGAGCCUCACAACAUCGCUCACAUCAACUACCUUAUCGCCGCAUAUGUCAAAGAUAACCCCAUACUACAAUAAUGCUGCAAGUUAUAGUAAACUUUCCAUCAUAAAACACUAAAACACCAGGCAAAAAAUUCAACUGUCUUAGAGACUACACCUAUUCAAUCAACACACGUUUCCAAGAACUGGGUCGAACAAGAAAGCAAGGCCAAUCGCUCUCUCUCGAAUUACAAUUGAAUCCCAAAUCACAUUUCCACAGCCAUUUGUCUACAUCCACCAAACUGACGAUCAAAAUGCCGUCCGCCACUGAAGCCCCUAUGUUCGUGAAGAAGCUGAGCGAACACGCCAGCAUCCCGGCUAAAGGAACGCCGGACUCUGCAGGAUUCGACUUGGUGUCGGCUUACGACUAUGAGAUCCCGCCUCAAGGAAAGUGCAUCGCCAAGACGGACAUCGCUGUCAAGUUUCCGGAUGGUACUAAUAUCUUUUUUAAGGUAAGUACUUAGAAGAUGAAAUACAAAAAUAGAAGGUGAAGGUAAUUUUCUUAAGAAAAGAAGUAGAUGGGUAGUUUUUUAGUCCUUCUACGGCUACGCUAAUCCGCUUGAGAAGGCAGGUAAAACUGCGGACGGCGGACACCCUCCUAAUCCUAAUCCUAAAAUACAAAGAUUGCCGUUUAUUUUAGCGUUAAGUUUUCCAGUGUAUCAACUUCUAGUCGGCUGUAGAGAGCUAUCACUCAAGAAAACUACUAGUUGUACUAGAGAACGUCUAUAAAACGUUGAACUUUAUUGCUAUCUUCUCCAUCUCCACGUGUACUCAAACAUGAUUAAUAGUCCUCCAUACUCGUGGUGUGAACCUAAAUAAAUUUAGUACUUCUACUUUUCGCCAUUCCCAGAGAAGAGGCAACUGAUUCAUCUGAAGAUAAUAGGCCCACCAAAUAUUAGGUGUGUACGGACGCGUGGCGCCACGUUCUGGUCUGGCUGCGAAGAAGCACAUCGAUGUGGGUGCUGGUGUCAUCGAUGCUGACUAUCGUGGCAACGUUGGAGUCGUGCUCUUCAACCACGCGCAAGAAACCUUCAAAAUCGAAAAAGGUGACCGAAUCGCGCAACUCAUUCUGGAGCGCUACUUGAAUUUAUGACGAGGAUGUCAUAGAAAGAACUAUUACCGGGCUGUACUGUGUAGUGGUAGGGAACGUAUAGUCGUGGUAGGCUGUAUUCGUUUAGUUCUUGUACUAGUUGGAUUUUUAGAUACUAGACACCACUCUGGGGAGAUAUUGGCGCAGGCCCGCUUCUCAGGUCCACCUCUUUACAGCCGUCCCCGAGGACGGGGCGGGGCGGGUCUUGUCUGAGCAUGAAGCGGGAGCCUCUGUCUGGUUCGUCGAUCGGCUGAACCUAGGGCGCUGGGCCUGUCCGUUUUUGGUUCGUGGACCAGGCAGAUCGAUCCCCGUGGACCAUGCACCUGGAAGGGCAGAGCUUUGCGGGGGGUCCCGCCUUGGUUCGGGGGCCGGCUGAAUCUAGGGCGCUGGGCCUGUCUGUUUUUGGUUCGUGGACCAGGCAGAUCGCCCCCGGCGGUUCUUGUGCUGGCUAGCGGGUGGCCCUUCUCCCGCGUUCGCCGCCCCCGGUUGCGUUCAUAGCGUGGGGAGGCGUACCACUUGGGCGGGCGUUGUGGCGUUCCGUCUGCGCAUUUUGUGGGAGCCAUGACGCAGAAGCCUUUUCGUAGGCUUCCCACUCGUCCAAAGUGGAGGGGCCGGCGCCUCGCCGGUCAGCCUCGCAGCAUCGUGGGGUGAAGCAUUUCGGAGACCGUCGGGGAAAACGCGGAGAAGCAAAGGCAUGCACCCCGCGGAGGCAUGACAGCAGUAAAACAGGGCGCCACCGGCGCGCACAUUUCUGGGGCGGCCUUUCUAGGCAAGGCCCGCAAAUUAUUGGACGCUGGGGAUGGGAGGGGAGACUGCGCUGCUUGUGGGCUCACGUGGCCAGCCAUCCACCACACUGCAAACAUGUAGGGAAUUGCCAACGCAGCUCCUUGAAGGUGUCACCUGGCUAGCAAGUGCGCUUCUGUGGUGCAUCGGCUUGGCGUGAGGCGCAUGCGCAAGGAAUUGGGUGGCUUGCUCCAGGUAUUCUGGCUCUCGCAGUUCCAUGAUCGGCAUGAAGAUAGUCGUGGCGCCAUGUACCGAGAACGACGAUCGCCGACGGGCGAGGACGUCUGGCGGCGGACGACGACAGACGACAGACGGCGGGCAGUCCUCAAGCCGGUCACCUUCAGGAAAGUCAAUAGAUGCGCGGCGUAGGGCCGUGGAACUUGUCCCCGCGAACUCAUGCGCAGCUGAAGGCUAACGCCCCCGAUCGCAUUGCGAUCCUCCUGCCAACGUGCGGGUCGUUCUGGGAAGUUAGGAGCUCGCAUAUCUUGGCGAACCUCUUGCGAGCGUUGUGAAGGACGCGGCCCAGACGAGACAGGCGAACCGUCUGCGAGCGAGCUGGCUGGUUUGUUGGGUGUCAUUUGGAGCUGGCUGAGAAGUCCCGCGCGGUCACGGUCUUAAACGUGAAGAGAAACGACGCGCAUGGAGCACAGGCCGCCGCGCCAAGGACUGACAAAACAGCCAGCACAUUGCCCGCCUGUUUUUCCCACACUAGAUAAUACCGAUAAGGAAGACCACGGCGCCUACGUGGGCACUCUGGAAGAUGCUGCCAGCGACGCCCUUGCUUGGCAGGCUGGCGAAAGCUACGAGCGCGCGGCUGGCUUGUUGUUGUGCUGUGUGUGUUGCCGCGGAGAAGAUGCAGGAGGGUGCACCUGCUUGCCUGAGGCUAGUAAAGUCUUGCUGGUGAAGUGCCCCGAGCUGGCAGGCCGCGCGUGCUUACCUACGCAUGAGCGCGGGCGAUAGAUGGUGAGCCAGGCUGCCGCGGCCCUUGUUUUGUAUCUGCUGGCUUUGAUACAUUUACUCGCCGCAAGUCACCAGCCCUCUCCCACACGGCUGGCGCCUUUCAGUGCUAAAAGCCCCCAGGGGCGCUAUAGUGUGUAGGCCCACGCUCGGCAGUCUUAUGGCGUUGUAUCAUGAAGCUGAGUCCCCCAUCUUAGUGCUACUGCUAUGUAUAGAGAUAGACAGACUCCCACCUUUCAUUUUCCACGGAAGUCAAGGAGGUGGAAUCCUUGGAAGAAACCGCACGCGGCGAGGGCGGGUUUGGUUCCACUGGCGGCAGUAAGGAGCUCGAGAAGGCGUAAGCAGCUUACACAAGCAUACAAGGAGCUCGAGAAGCGUAAUGAGCUUAAGGUUUGGCGAGGCGAAGCAAAGAGCAAAAUAAUGGUGCAACUACAAAGAUCAAAAACUACAUCGAUAUGCACUUUUGUUCAUGAGUAUGUGUUGUUUUUAGGAUAAUCUCUUCACGCAGAUGCAUACUUAUCAAGGCGGAUAGUACUGAUGACAUGAGUCGCAUUAUUUAAACGAUUCUGGAUUGCACGACAUGACAUUAAAUAUAACGCAACGCAGGUCUUUGCUCUACUACGGAGUACUUUCAUAACGCAUAUAGUUGUAUGAUGAAUCGCCGACCUGCAUGACGCAAUGUGGUCAAUGAUGUCCACGAAAAUUUAGAUUUGGCUAAUCAUUAUCUAGCAUCAUUUGAUAUUCGAAGAAAAACGGUCUAUCACCGCAGAUUGAUACAACAAAACAGUUGCUGUCUUGUGACAUACAAGAUAGAAGCAUCGAGAGUGGAGGCGGAGUAGAAAUUGGUCCAUUCUCGUCCUUGUGUACUCCUCGAAAAAGAAGGCACAAGCUUUCAUAAGCAAAAGCAAGCUACAACUAGCCCUAUUGUAGGCUAGAAGUGCAUGAUUAUUCUUGCUUGCACUCUAUCAAACACGCCUACUGUGCUCGAUAGAAGCAGGAACAGAUGACGUAACAGUGGACGUUAAAG